ACAUGACCAAUACGACACAUAUUUUCGCGACCCGGUACUUACUGUCAUUUGUAUAAUAAGUAACAUACUUACUCAUGCAUGUGACGAACGGUUUAAAAUAGUCGCGAUUUGCUUCAAUAUUCCGAUACAAUAUGUAAUUUUUCUAUUUUAAGAUAUUGGCUUAAUAUAUAAAUGUAAGUGAUAGAAAAGACAGAAAAUAUCGGCAUUGCUGUGAACGACCUUGUGCGACUUGCUUAAUUGGUAUCGAUUUAAAAGGAUAAUACAAGCUGGAAAUCAUAUUUUGGAACCUGCAUCUGUCAACAGAAACAAAAGCCACAAAAACAUGGAGAAUCCAGAAUGGCCAAAAGAUGUGGGGAUUCUAGCCAUUGAGGUUUAUUUCCCAUCUCAGUAUGUGGACCAAGACAAACUUGAGGACUUUGACCAAGUUUCAAAGGGCAAAUACACCGUCGGACUUGGUCAGGCAAAAAUGGGUUUCUGUUCAGAUCGUGAAGAUGUCCAUUCAUUGUGUUUGACAGUUGUUCAAAACCUCAUAGUCAAGAACAACAUUUCAUACUCUGACAUUGGUCGGCUGGAAGUGGGAACUGAAACAAUUUUAGACAAGUCUAAAAGUGUGAAGACAGUGCUGAUGCAGCUGUUUGAGCCCUGUGGUAACACAUGCAUUGAGGGUAUUGACACAACCAAUGCCUGCUAUGGGGGAACAUCAGCUCUUUUUAAUGCUGUUAACUGGAUUGAGUCCAGCUCCUGGGAUGGACGUCUGGCACUAGUAGUAGCAGGCGACAUCGCAGUGUAUGCGACCGGCAAUGCCCGGUGCACAGGAGGGGCCGGGGCUGUAGCCAUGCUGAUAGGACCAGGGGCACCUCUCGUGUUUGACAGAAAGUGCAGAGCAACCCACAUGCAGCAUGUGUAUGAUUUUUACAAGCCUGACAUGGCGUCAGAAUACCCCAUGGUGGAUGGCCGCCUCUCCAUACAGUGUUACCUGCAUGCUCUAGACAGAUGCUACGAAAUCUUCGUCAAGAAACUGCAGGAUGCUGGCAAAAUGAAAGGUUCCAGUCUCUUAGACAGUGCCGAUGCCUUCAUCUUCCACUCGCCGUACUGUAAGCUUGUACAGAAGUCUGUGGCCCGUCUGCUGCUGAAUGACUUUCUUAGCAACCCACAUCUCCAUGGCAACAAUGGGCUAGAUACCUUCAGAAGUGUCAAGCAUGAGGACACCUACUUUGACAAGGCUUGUGAGAGCGCUUUCAUGAAGGCUAGUGAGGACGUGUUCAGACAGAAGACCCAGCCCACCCUGCUGUUGGCCAAUCAGAUUGGCAAUAUGUACACACCCUCGGUGUAUGGAGGCCUCGUAUCAUACCUUGUCAGUCGGAGUACUGAAGAGCUGGCAGGUUCUCGCUGUGUGUUGUUCUCCUAUGGUUCUGGUCUGGCCUCCUCCAUGUUCUCCAUGCAUAUCACGUCUUCCAGCACUCUGCCAAACAAUCACUUCAGUCUUCAAUGCCUAAAAGACGGGCUUGGAGACGUCAAAAGUAGAUUAGACAGACGAAAAGAAGUCAGUCCGCCAGAGUUUAACAGACUUAUGAAAUUGCGCGAAGAAACCCAUCAUAAAGCCCCCUAUGUGCCCCAGGGAGAGAUAGAUGGGUUGUUUCCAGGAACCUGGUAUCUGACAUCUGUGGAUGACAAACAUCGUAGACAGUACGCCCGCACCCCACUUCAGGUUUCUGACGGUUGCACGGCAGUUUGACAUCAGAUGUAGCCAUAGAAAUUAUUAAAAUUGUGCUUAAAAUAUUGCCCCAGGUUAGCCUGUACAGUUGGCGCAGGCUUAACAGAGACGAUGCUUGUAAUGUAUUUUUUGUUCAAAGGAAGUAUAAUGUUAACAUUAACCCAGCCUAGGUGAAUAAUGUUGUUCAUAAACCCAGCCUAGGUGAAUAAUGUUGUUCAUAAACCCAGCCUAGGUGAAUAAUGUUGUUCAUAAACCCAGCCUAGGUGAAUAAUGUUGUUCAUAAACCCAGCCUAGGUGAAUAAUGUUGUUCAUAAACCCAGCCUAGGUGAAUAAUGUUGUUCAUAAACCCAGCCUAGGUGAAUAAUGUUGUUCAUAAACCCAGCCUAGGUGAAUAAUGUUGUUCAUAAACCCAGCCUAGGUGAAUAAUGUUGUUCAUAAACCCAGCCUAGGUGAAUAAUGUUGUUCAUAAACCCAGCCUAAGUGAAUAAUGUUGUUCAUUAUAAGCCUGUGCUGAUUACGGAGACUAAUCUGAGACAAUACUUCAGCAAAUGCAUUGACCCAAGUUUUCCCAGAGACAAUACUUCAGCAAAUGCAUUGACCCAAGUUUUCCCAGAGACAAUACUUCAUCAAAUGCAUUGACCCAAGUUUUCCCAGAGACAAUACUUCAUCAAAUGCAUUGACCCAAGUUUUCCCAGAGACAAUACUUCAGCAAAUGCAUUGACCGAAGUUUUCCCAGAGACAAUACUUCAUCAAAUGCAUUGACCCAAGUUUUCCCAGAGACAAUACUUCAUCAAAUGCAUUGACCCAAGUUUUCCCCUGAGACAAUUCUUCAGCAAAUGCAUUGACCCAAGUUUUCCCCUGAGACAAUACUUCAGCAAAUGCAUUGACCCAAGUUUUCCCCUGAGACAAUA